CACUCUUUUGGUACAGGUACGCAGUGUACGAUUUCUUAGCAUUUUUUGGCCUUUUGUAGUUUCUUUAAUUCUCACACACUUUAGAUGCAUUUUUGCAGAAAUAGUUUAAUUUUGACGUGAUAUAGUUAUCGCUUCUCGGCCUCAAGGCUAAGAUCAAAGCUCAGCAUUUAAUUCUCGGUCUUAGGGCUGGGAUCAAAAUAAGCAAAGCCUUAGGGCUAAGAUCUCGGCCUUAGGGCCAGGAUCAAGGUGCAGCUUCUCGGCCUCGAGGUUUAGAUCAAAGUCACAAUUUAGCAAAAUCUCUGGCUUGACUCCUUUUGGGAGAAGUUCGAAAUUAAAAAACCAUUUGAUCUGUUCUUAUCAGCUUAACAUCUGAUAGAUCCUCCAUCGGAGGACAACAAAUGUUAAACUGAUUUUUGGAAAUCGACGGAGUGUUUUAGGGGCUUGCUCCACCUCCGUCACGGGUUGUCCCGGUAUUGCAGUACCACCGGGAAUUCAGCCCAAAUUAUUGAAUAAAUAUCAUAAGGUUAAAAAAUUGUGUAGAAUCGCUAACAUGAUAAUUAUUCGUACAGGAAACAAUUUCCUAAAAAUAUAUAAACAUUCAACUAAUAACGUUUCUGCGUUUUCAAUUGGUUCUUUUUAAUUGAUUAUAUUUCAUUAAUAUUUGGAAAAUUUCACUAACAAUAAAAUUGGUCAAACAAGUGCUGUAUUGGUUCUUUAGGAAAAAAGAAAAAUGUUAGGAAGGAAAGUAAACAAAUUGCACAAUAUUUAUAAAGGUUUUGAUCUUAUAUCGGGUACAUUUUACCUAAAAUUUAGUUUAUAGCUAGAGUUUGAGCGAUUUUCAAGAUUCCAAUAUAGAAAAUUUCUAAUAAAGUUAUUUCUUUCACCUACAUGUGGUGCAUAUCAAAAUAUGUAAUAACAACAUAUGUUCUUGAUAUACAUUUGCCCCUAUAAGUACGAGUAUUUAUUUCCCCAUGCCAGUUUAUUAUUUCUAUUUAUUUGCCAUAAAAUCCGUAGCAAAAUUGUCAGUUCCAGCAGCUGAGUAGAAAAUAAAGAAAAACUAUGCUAAGACAGGUGUGAAUGUUGUGUGAUAGUUUUUUUGCUGGUUUCCAAUAUUUCGCUCGUGGCUUAUUUGAAUAUUUUCAAAUGCCAUAAAAUUGGCACAACGAGAGACACAAAUCGGACACAGCUGUUGUUGUUGUGCACUUGAAAUGCCAAGUUUUAUUGGUUUUCUGCAUAAAAAUACAAAAAUUUCAAUAAAACUAUGGUAUUGCAUCGAAGAAGAAAAUAUUUAUGAAAUAUAUACUUAUGUAUGUAUGUUUAUAUAGUAUAUAUACAAGUGUGUUUCCAAUUUGUUAAAGACAAUAAAUAGUUCUAAAUAAAAUUUUAGCUACAAUAUAAAUUUUAUUUACAAUAAGCCUUAAGGCAAUUAUUUGUGCUUCGUAAGUCACAACAUAUGUAUGUAGGUAUAUGUAUAUGAUAUAUGUAUGUAUAAAAGAUGCGUGCAUACCUUGUUGUCCUACCAAAAUAUUAAAUCAUAUCAGCAUUGAAAAAUGGUAGACAUAAUGUUGCACAAUGAGAACCAUGGAAGUUUUACACAGUGGAGGCAUUAUGUGUCUGAAAUUUUAUUGUGAUAUAUUGCCUUGGCUCUUUUAUAGGCCCGAAAUUGAUUUGAUAAAACAACUGUUUCAUGACAAGGGAGAGAUAAGGACUCACCUCGAUAGAUUUUAUGAAUCAAAGAUUUUAAACAAAUUCUCAACAAGGGAAGACCUGUAUAUAGAAUUAUAGAAACUCACAAAGCUGCUCGCGAGAUGAAAAAUUAUUUAUCUGAAAAGUACGAAAAACUAGCUAAAUCAGUCCAUAACCAAGGGAGAAUUUUUAGCUAAACCUUAAAAAAUAAACUAAACUAAAUAAACGGAAACCGUUUAUCUGUAUCUGUAUUUGCAAUUUUUGAUUUGUGUGCGGACUUCUCGUUUACUACUGCUUUUCUUCGUGUCGCAAAACCCGAGCAAAAGACAUGAUAGGAAUAUAGAACAUGAUAAUAUGAGAGCUUAAUAUAAUAUAAUAUAUAUAUUAUAUAAUAAUCGAAAAUUUAGCAAACUUAAAGAAACCGAAAAAAAGUGACACUGCAUUGAUUUUAGUCAUAAAACGAACUAAUGCUUUUUAAUUAAAAUAUAUUCGACGGCUCUUCUUGUUUCCAACACACAAUGACAAAACAAGAUAGACGACAAUCCAAUCACAACAUUGAAAUAGAAGAGCUUCCAGAGAUCGUAUCGAUUCGUACUCUAUUUAAAAGAAAGUAUUGUAGUUUAAGCACUCAAAUGAUCUGUGCUAUCCGGAGAAGAGUGCUGAUACGACAUGAUAUUUGUAGUAAAACUGAAUCUUCAGAAUGUAGCAAGAUUUCCCUAUUUCCCUUGUUGUCAAAGAAAAGCGUUAAGCUUAACAGAAAUAAAAAAUGUAUAAGGUACUUCAUUUUCAAGCUCCUGGAAAAUUUGGUAUGGUUGCACUACAAAAGGGCAAUAGCCACAUAGCUUGUAAGUGUUAAUGGUGGUUAGAAACACGAGAAAGAUCUACAUUUUUUUUAAGAAGCUUUCCUCUAAAAAUCCCUCAAUCGGCUCGUAUUUAAAAAAACAUUACUAAAAUAAUACUCGACUUUAACUAAAGUUCGAUUGAGCCGAAGAACUUGCAAUCACAUUUAACUCUCCUCACCAAGUACACUUUUUAAACUGCAUAGUUUUAUACAUCCCCCAACAUCCUCUCACUCGCUUUUCCUCUGCACACCCAACUAUAAAAACAAUUUAUGCAGACAGCAUAAAAUAUGUGAAAUUAAAUUAUGCUUGGCAUGGAGAGUAGCACACAACAAUAACAACAACAAUAACAGAUGCGGUCACGUCUUAACAGGCGCACACAACAAGCGUCUGCAGCGUAUUGAAGCGAAGAGAUUGGUUGGGAAGUAAGGAAUACAGCUCAUAUUACAACUUCCCGAAGGAUAUUGCAUCCUUUGUUGUUCAUUUAAGAACUUAAGUGAAAGUAAAUAGAGUCAAAGGGGACGGAGAUUAAAGUAAAUGAUGACACUGCUCGCUAUCUCAUGCAAAUAAGCCGAACGACACGGAUACGCUCGUAAUGCUGGAUGUUAAUACUUUUUGUAACGAAGAGAUUCAAAUGUCUUGCAAACUUGGAUUGGUAAUUCUGUUUCAAAAAACAGAUUGCAAUAAAAAAGAUUUUGUGGGGGCAUAUCUAAACUUCAAUUUAUAUCAUAUUGGUGAGAACGUGCUGUCCUCGUUAGAAGGCAUCAUUCUAAGGGUGCUUUCCAUACAUUGGGUAUUUUUAUACCCUGAACAGGGUAUAUUAAGUUUGCCACGAAGUUUGUAACACCCAGAAGGAAACGUCGGAGACCCUAUAAAAUAUAUAUAUAAAUGAUCAGUAUGAUGAACUGAGUUGAUUUAGCCAUGUCCGUCUGUCUGUCCGUUUGUCUGUAUAUAUACAAACUAGUCCCUCAGUUUUUAAGCUAUCGAUCUGAAAUUUUGCACCUGUCCUUUUCUCACAAAGAAGCUGCUCAUUUGUCGGAACGACCGAUAUCGGACCACUAUAGCAUAUAGCUGCCAUACAAACUGAACAAUCGGAAUGAAGUGUUUGUAUGGGAAACUCUUUCAUUUGACGAGGAAUCUUCACAAAAUUUGGUAUGUAUUAUUAUUUAAGGCAAUAAUCUAAUCGCCGAAGAAAUUGUAUAGAUCGGAUGACUAUGACAUGUAGCUACCAUAUUAACUGAACGAUCGGAGUAAAGUGCUUGCAUGGAAAAUUUUUUUAUUUGACGAGGUAUCUUCACGAAAUUAGACACGAGUUCUUGCUUAAGGCAACAAAUUAUUCUCCGCAGAAAUUGGUCAGAUCAGAUCACUAUAUUAUAUAGCUGCCAUACAAAUUGAACGUUCGGAAUCAAGUUCAUGUAAAGGGCCUUUGUAUUCGUGAAGGGUAUUAUAGCUUCGGUGCAACCGAAGUUAACGUUUUUUCUUGUUUUUUUUUAUUGUUUAUAAUACUGAAUAUUUUUCGAUUAUGUUUAUUAACGACGUCAUUGAGCCAAUACUUACAGUGAGGCGAAUUAAAAUAAUUGUAUUAAAUAUUUGUUUUGGUUUUUUGCGUUUUUGUUCAAACAAUUAUCUAAUAUUAUAUAUCUCCAUUAAGAGAUCUAAUUUAAAAUACAUUCGAAAUCAAAAAAAACAACCGUUUAAUUUUGUCACUGCAUUCUGGUAAUUACCAUUUUCCAAAUCUGUUUUAUAUUAAAAUGGUUUACCCAUUUAUAUUUUUAUAUAUUUGUUUACAUUGGGACAUCAUCUACAUUAUUAUUUUAGUUGGUUUCACCAUCCUGCCCUCGCUUACGUAAUUAACCCACGUAUGUAACCCUUCAGUUGUUAAAUUUGUAUCUAAUAAUUCGUUAUCAGCACUCUGUUCCUCAGGAACUUCCACUUGGAGUUUUCGUAAUAGUAUACCUAGGUGAAAUGAAGUCAUACAUACAUAUUUACUAAUAACUACAUAACUGAAGCUCAUAUACACCAGUAAGAGGUAACUGUGUCCCUUCUAAAUCGGAUGUAUCAUCGGAUUCAACAUUGCUGCAAUCGGUUAAAACCGCUUCGUUGUGACCCAAAAGAUAUGAACAAAGACGAUAUUUAAAUUCCUGGAUGGUCGUGAAGACCGCCAAUUUUUCUUAUGUUUCCAAUUGUGUUCAGCAAUGCCUUGAUUUAUGCGAUAAGUUAAUAUGUACUCAAUAUGAAAAUUAAAAUUUUAUGUAAAAUUGAAAUAUUCUUGAAGUCUAAAAAAGUUGUUUAAAUGCAAAACCAAUUUAUAACUUCUUUGAUACAAAUUCUUAUCAAUUGCUAGCAAGAAAAAUACCAUUUAAUAGCUUUUAUAAUCAAUAUAUUAGACUAUUUCAAAAAUAAUAAAAUAACACAAACAUAUUUAAAGACUAUGGCAACCAAGCAAUUAGAACCAACUUCGUCAUCAACAUAUGAUUUCAAAGUUGUCGUAAACUUGUACUCUAUGGACGUUGAUAUACAUUUGUAUUGUCUUUUAAUAAUAAGAGACUGUUUUUGUAGAGAUGAAAGUUUCCUACAAACUAUGAGUUUUCCGAUUUAUUAUAUUGAUUUUUAUUUCAUUGAGUUAUAAAAUAAUAAGAACCAAAAAUUUGCCUUAAAAUAAUUAAAUUUCAACCUUUAAUAUCUUUUAAACGGUUAGGUUUCCGAACAAAUCGUACGAGGCCCUUUUGUAGAUCAUUUAAUUUCCUACAAAAUCUUCGAAACGAGAUAUUUUUCAAGUAGUUGGAAGUGAACAAACGAAAAGUAAGGCCUUAGUCUUUAACCCUAAGAAAUUGGCAAUUCCUUUUGUUUGUGGCGUAGAGUGUCGCAGUCUUAUCCCUAUGGUUCCUGACUGUCUACCUAUUUCCGUCAUCAUUAAAGAUCUUCAGUAAUACACACAUAUUUAUAGCACAGUUAACCACCGAAGUUGAAUCUCACUUACUAUGAUGAACUCGUUGGACCACAGUGUAAAUUAAAACCCACCGUCGCAGAACCUUUCCCUAGCUAAGUUUCGAUGUAUAAAUCUAUUAUUCCAUUCUCACCUAAAUAAAAAUCACCGUAUUCUACAGUUCAGUUGAUACCUUUUCAAAGCAUAAAUUAAUAAUCAUUCGGUCAACAUAAAUGGGUCUGCAUUUAAUAGCGGAUCAGAUAGAAUUAGAAGUUUCGAAAGGAAAUGGAGAAAGGCAGCGCCAAGUGUACUUGAGCUCAUAUUUUUUGGCUUAUAGCUUUCUGUAACUACAUUUAGACAAAUAUUGAUAUAGAUACACUAAAAUAUAAGAAGAAAGUCAAUAUCUCGGGUCUACAUGAGGCCUUUCUCAUGUUUCAUUAAUAUUUAAGCUUUUUUUUGUAUUAUAUUUUUGAUCAUCUCGAGUGGUAUAACGAUGAAUUUGAUUUCGUUUGAUACGCAUUGCGACAGGGCGUGUAAUUUUGUCGAAACCGGUAACCUAUCAGUAAGAUACCGGAAUCAGUAAAAUUUUUUUCAUAAAGUUAGACCAAUGAUUCGACAUCUUGUCAGCCUCCAUAAAUAAAUAAUUCGACUUCAACUUACUAGAAAUAAAUCUCUCGUCUCAUGUAUAUAGGUAUAUUCCUGUUGUCGGUCACUCCGACCAGAGAAAGAAGUUAAAAUAUAUUGCCAUUAAAUUGAAAAACAUCUGUAUUUUUACCAUUUCAGAGUUCUUAAUUGGCCAGAUGAUAUGGAAAGCGUAUCUUCUAUAUUGAUCUACUCAAUGAAAAAAGCAUGAAAACAAACCUAACCUAUAGGAUCAUAAAGUUGAGAUAAAUAAAAUAUUGAGAUGAAAAAAACUCGUUUGGUAAACACAUAGCGAUUUAAAGAUGAAGAGGGGUAGAAUAAAUUUGGUAUUCGUGAUGAUAUAUCUUUCAGAAUAUAAAAUAUUUAUAUUUAUUACUAUAUAAGUAUACAGAUAAAUAUAUAUAUUUUUUUUUAUAACCUCUUAAAGCUACUGUAUGCUCGUAAUGCCCAACUAAGUUUAAUAUUCUUUAUUUUUAGCUAAACUGUUGGCGGUUUACGAGUAUAUAAAUACAUUUCUCUCAUCGUAGACAAGCGCCAGUAAGACAUUCGACGUCCUAAAAGUGGAAUGAGCAGACCCCGAAACCAAAACAAAUGAAAGCCAAAUAAAUGAUGUAGUAAAGAUACAAGUGGGGCGUGCAAAUGGAAAUUCUGUUAUUACAUACACACCUACAAACAUAUUACUGUGGAAAUAUUCAAAUAUCUUUGGAGAGAAGCAGUAAGUGGGCAUUAAGUAGUAAUAUUAGAGACUAAAAUCAAGAGUCAAGAGCUACAAAGCAAAUUACUUAAUCAAGAAAGUCACAUAUGCAUUUACCCCAGCGUCGCAGCGAAGCUAAAUGACCGUUACGAAUAGCGUGAAAUUAAUAAAAUAUUACUAAAGUGAAUAAGCAAAAUGUCUCUAGAAAGCGCACAAGGCAAAAAAGGAAAUUUAAUACUUACCAGACGCGACCGAAUGGAAGGAGGAGGCUGGACAAAUAUUAUUAAAAUAAAGUAGAAAACAGAAAGUUAAAGAAAAAUGAUAACAAGUAGCAAAGCAAAGUGGUGGAAACAACAACAACAAUAAGUGAAGUACUUAAAAUGAAAAAAAAUUACAAAUAAAAAAAAUAAAAUACUUUAGAAAAUAUAUAUCGCAAUGCUGAAUUUGUUGCAGCGUAAGUUUCUUUACUGCUCAGCAAGCAACAAACACUGCCAACAAAUCGUAUACGUCAUGCCAAAUUUACUUAAAUUUACAAAAACACUUAAAGAGAAAAUUAUUUAAGGCUUAAAAUUUAGGUGGUAGCAUUUUACGCAAAUUCACCACACCUAAAUAUAUACACACCACACUUAAAUAAAUAAACUAUAUACAUACUUUUAUAAAAUACUGUCAACGUAGCAAUUUUGGCGCACAAUUGUUGUUGUCACGUAAUGAAGACAUUCCCCUGCACGUCAACGACGCUUUUACUAUCGUUAUCGUUACCGUUAUCGUUAUCGCGAUCAUUAUUUGUAGUUAUCCUUUUAUUAUUAAUUGGUGAUUUUAAUUUAAGCAUCUUGCUAUUGCCAACAAAUACAAAUAUCAAACAUAACUGUAUCGGCAAAGCAGCAGCGGAAGUAUUUACUUUGGGUUAUUUAACCGGCUCACAACGAAGUCCCGGUAAUUUGGAUUAUCAGCGACCAGGCAUUACCAUCUCAGGCGCCAUCACGCUCGCCGUCUCACAGGUGAAUGCUGGCAAACUAAAAGAGCUCGGUCAUUCACUGGAAUUCAUUGUGGCGGAAACAUAUGGUGAUGAAGUGGCGAGCAUACGACAAACAGCCUCGUUGUGGACACGACAAGUAGCUGGCUAUAUUGGACCGCAAGAGACGUGUGUACAUGAGGGACGCAUGGCAGCCGCUUUUAAUUUGCCAAUGAUUUCUUACUACUGCAUACAUCGCGACACUUCCAACAAACAGGACUUUCCGACCUUCGCACGCACACGUCCACCCGAUACGCAAAUCUCCAAAUCCGUGGUCUCGCUGCUAUUAGCUUUUAACUGGACGCAGGUCUCCUUUCUGUACCUGGACGGUCCACACAGUCCUUACCACCCGGUCGCAGAGACCAUACAAAAUAUUUUACACAACGCAGGUGUCAAUAUACGCGACGUGGAAACAUGGAAUACAAUAUACCAUCACGGUUUCAUGGCGAAUCCUUUCGAUGACUUGGUUGAGCGGACCUACAAAAAUACGCGCAUUUAUUUAAUACUGGGUCAUUAUUACGAGCAUGUCGGUCUGAUGGUCAGUUUAGAGCGCAAAGGCUUAUUAGCUAAAGGUGAAUACUUUGUUGUUGGCAUCGACAUCGAGCAAUAUGAUCCAUCUAAUCCGGAUAAGUACCUGCGCGGUUUGCUCUUGGAGAAAAUCGACUUAAGCGCCGAAGUGGCUUUCCAAUCGUACGUGGGGAUUUUUCCAACAGCGACCGUCUCAUUCGCUAAGUUUGCCAAGGAGGUGAACAAAUAUAUGGAAUUGCCACCUUUCAAUUUUCCCAAUCCUUUAGGCUAUUUUGGCGGCGCAAAGCAAAUUAGCGCCGAGGCUGCGUAUCUCUAUGACGCCGUUCAUUUGUAUGCAAAUGCGCUAAUAAAAGUUUUGAAAGCAGGUGGCAAGCCGAAAAAUGGCACCGCACUCAUUGCGGCCAUAAAAGGUUCCAAAUACCUGAGCGCCAUGGGCUAUCAUGUCUAUAUCGAUGAGAAUGGUGAUGCCGCUGGCAAUUAUACAGUAUUAGCGCGUGGCUAUGCGCGCAAUAGUAGAAAUAUGACAGUUCCUGGCCUGGUGCCGGUGGGGACAUUUAGUCAGACACAAAGUGAUAAAUUACCUGAUCUCAAUUUAUACGGUAAAAUCCAUUGGGUGAACGCGAACGGGCGGCCGGCGGCGGAGCCGAAAUGUGGUUUUGCGGGCGAGAAAUGCAUCAGUUAUACCGGUGAGAUAUCGGCGAGCAUUGCCGGUGGCGCGCUGGUGCUGCUCGGGAUUGUCUCGUUGGUGUUGUAUCGCAAUUGGCGCUACGAGCAGGAGUUGGAUAGUUUGUUGUGGAAAAUUGAUUUUCGCGAAGUUCAAAUGCACGAAAGCGAGAAGGAGCAAUCUAGUCAAAAGCAAACAAGGUCUACUCAUCCACUUAUACGCACCAGCCAAGUAAGCCUAAGCUCAAAUCCGGAUGCUGAUUUCCGUUAUACGACAAUAUUUACGCCUAUCGGCCUCUAUAAGAAUCAACUUUAUGCAAUUAAGAAAGUACGAAAAAAAUCUGUCGAUAUAACUCGUGAAAUGAAGAAGGAAUUGAAAUUGCUUCGCGAUACACGUCACGACAAUAUAUGCGCCUUCAUUGGUGCCUGUACGGAUCCACCAAACAUAUGCAUCAUCACAGAGUAUUGCACGAGGGGAAGCUUGAAGGAUAUACUGGAGAAUGAGGACGUCAAGCUGGACAAUAUGUUUAUUGCUUCAAUGGUCGCCGACAUCAUACGCGGUGUCAUCUACUUACAUGAAUCGCCCAUUCGCUUUCACGGUUCGUUGUGCACCUCCAACUGCCUGGUCGACUCACGCUGGGUGGUUAAACUGACCGAUUUCGGGCUGUUCGCAUUCAAGAAGGGCAUGGAGGACAACUCAACGGAGGUGCCGAACAUGACGGUUAAGUGUACAAAGUUACUCUAUCGAGCACCCGAACUGCUGCGUCUCGGGGCGGCAUCGCUUGUACAAGGCACACAAAAGGGCGAUUCGUAUUCCUUCGGUAUUGUGCUCUAUGAAAUUCACGUACGACACGGUCCGUUCGGCGAGACUGGUCUUACACCCAUGCAAUGUUUGCAGAAAGUACUUCAACCGCAAGAUCAUCUAUAUCCCUAUCGUCCCUCGCUGCAACCUCUGGAAACCUCUUUCGAUUGCGUACGUGAAAUUCUGCGUGAAUGUUGGUCCGAACGUCCAGAAGAACGUCCUGACUUUAAAACGAUACGCGCUAAAUUGCGUCCUCUACGUAAAGGUAUGAAACCGAAUAUAUUCGACAAUAUGAUGGCUAUGAUGGAGAAGUAUGCCAAUAAUUUGGAGGCGCUGGUUGAUGAGCGCACCGAUCAAUUGCAAGAGGAAAAGAAGAAGACUGAUGCGUUGUUAUUGGAGAUGUUACCGCGCCCCGUCGCGGAACAGUUAAAAAAAGGCAAUAAAGUGGAUCCGGAGAGUUAUGAGCAAGUGUCAAUAUAUUUCAGUGAUAUUGUGGGCUUUACGGCGAUGUCGGCGGAGAGCACGCCAUUGCAGGUGGUAGACUUUCUGAAUGAUUUAUAUACCUGCUUUGAUUCUAUCAUCGGACACUAUGAUGUCUACAAAGUCGAGACGAUUGGAGAUGCAUAUAUGGUGGUCUCAGGUCUACCGAUCCGCAACGGCGAUCUGCACGCCGCCGAAAUCGCUUCGAUGUCCCUCCACCUGCUCAGCGCGGUCUCGGAGUUCAAAAUCCGUCACCGACCUACCAAUAAACUGCUACUACGCAUAGGCAUACACACGGGACCAGUGUGCGCCGGUGUUGUGGGUUUGAAAAUGCCGCGUUACUGCCUCUUUGGCGAUACCGUAAACACCGCCUCACGUAUGGAAUCGAGCGGUGUACCGCUUAAGAUACAUUGCAGUCAGCAAUGUCGUGAGUUGCUCGAGAAAUUAGGUGGCUAUCACUAUCAGGAGCGUGGCGUCAUAUCGAUGAAAGGCAAAGGUGAUCAACGUACUUAUUGGCUGCUCGGCGAGGACGAAGAUGCGCGGAACAAACGCAACUACGAACGUUCACAGCGGCGUGGUUCGCGUGCGCUCAACAAAUUCAUACAGGGCACCAUAAAGCAGAACAACCAGCAGCAGAUCACCUCUGCUGUAGUGGAUUAUGGCAUACGUUCGUCACUGAAGAAUAAGGGUAUUCCGCGCAAUUCGUUGACGCGUUCCUCCAGCCUCGAGUCGCCGAAGAAGCUGCGCUUCGCCACCGGCAGUCUGCUCGAGCAUCAUCGCUAUCAUAGCGAUGAGGCGCUCUUAGAGGUGAUCACGGACUCCUACAGUGGUGUGCGUCGGCCUUCGGGCGGAUCGACGCAUUCACGCUACGAGGAAUCGACACUUUCAUGCGGCAGCAAUGAGGAGCUCACUAGUUGGCAGCGUCAGCGUCGACCCUCCUCAUACCCCACAGCUAAUACGCCGCUGCUGCUCAAUCAUGUGGAGACCUGACAGUGUAUGCCGGAGAAGUAAGCCAGUGUAGCCACUUCUGCCGAAGUGUGUGAAAAAUCAAAUACAGGAAUCUAGUAGACUAUUUUGACAAUUACUUAGUGUAUUCAAACAAGAAGUUAACAAAACGUAGUUAAUUAAUUUAAUUUUCUCGCAUUUCACUGAAGCAAAACUCUUCAAAAUGUGUGUUUAUAACUAAUUAAAUUUAAUUAUUGAAUUAAGUAAUAAACAAUCUGUAUGUUUGUAUGUAUUGUACUUAGAAACUUAGGCUUUAUGCUGCAUAGUUUCGAAAACGUAACGCUUCUGUCGCGUCAAAUGAAUUAAAAUUAGUUUAGAAUUGAGUUUAAAAAAAAAUUUUGUUCACUGAUAAAUAUCUAUGAGCUAUAGUAUAAUAUAAUAUAUAAGUAAUCUAAAAUCAAAGAUGUUUUUAAAAUUCAUAAAAAACGUUACAAUAAUAUUGCAUGUUGGUGAUUGCCAAAUUCUAGUCGUUCAUUAAGUGUAAAAGUUGUAUGUAAUUAAAUUAUAGUUAAGCCAAUAAAAGUGUAGUAAAAAAGUUGUGAAACAGAUUUGUGUAUCUAUAUUAUAUCAAAAUUAUCUUAAAAUCUCCCAGUGUAUGUUAUUGUUGUAUUCGAAGUAACAUUAAAAAAGAAAAUUCAUUAUCAUGGAGGGACUGUGGCCUUUACCAGGACCUAAGAAGCAUGUUAGUAACAUAUUCAUAAAAUUUUAUAUUUCUGUAAUAUAUAUAUACAAUACAUAUAUGAAUAUAGUCACUCCAACCUUAACACCAGUUGGAGCGUAGAGACAAAUUAAAAGCAAUAAAGUAUUUCAGUCAGUA